GCUCAUACUUCCAUCCAUACAAUCCAAUACUUGCAACUCUUCGCAUCAAUCAAUCAUCUACAAUCCACCAGCCACGGAUUAAUUCAUCUUCGUUCCAUCAUCCCUUCUAUCCUUCUACCCUUCUAAGCUUGCCUCAAAGCUCCAGAAGUCGUCAUCCAUCCGUUCUAUACAGGCAUCUCCAUUUCACCACCUACCAACCCCCGAAUACAGAUACAACUACUACACCACCUCAGCCACCACUACACCAACAUAACAUACAGGCCCUGAACUUGCUGUACUCCCCUCCGACACAGUACCACCUGAUCCACCCAAAUAUACCACCACUAUACCUCGCUCCUGCAACUCUACAAACUCUACAUCUCUACAUCCUCUACUUCUUUACUUCCUACUAUUCUACUACUACUACUACCUACUAUACCUCUCUACUCACUCUUACUCACUCUACUCACUCUACUCACUCUACUCGCUCUACUCACUCUCCUCACUCUCCUCACUCGACGCGCUCUACCAACGACAACCUCUUGCACUUAACAACUCACUCCUUGUCACUCAACCACCACCACGCGCCAAAGUGACCUUUGGCCUCUUUUCCAUCUUUAUAACCGGUCAAGUACCUCCAUUUCACCUUUAACAACCAGAGAAAUGAGCAACAUCGGCUUGGCUCUGCCGAAUAACGCAUCCUCCAAACAUCGCCAACACGAAAUCACUCAACCAAACCUCGCGCGCCAGACACCGACGCGGCCUCACCGCACGUCCGGUGUACCUCAACACACCUACCCGAUACUUCCCCAAUACACCAUACCGGACGCCUACAGCCACUCCAUGUCGAAGCGUAUGGACUUCGACCCGACGGGUCAGAUGGGCUACCCGCAGCCCCAGGGCAUGGGCAACCCAUAUCAGCAACAGCAGCAGCAGCAGCAACAACAGCAGCAGCAACAGCAACAACAGGCCCAGCAGCACCAGCAGCUCCUCCCCCCGCCUGAGCACCUGUCCGCCUCGGCCGCCCGCAAGCGCCGCCUCCAGGCCCCGCUCAUCCCGCCGCAGCAGAGCCCCAACAUGCCCCUCCAGCCCCCGCCCACCGCGGUCAUGGAGGAACAGUCGCCCAUGAACGCCGUCCCGGCGCCCAUGCAGCCCCCGGCCAAGAAGAGCCGCACCAACACCCCCUGGACCGCCGCCGAGGAGCAGCGCCUCAAGAACAUGCGUGAGGCGGGCAACAGCUGGGCUGAGAUUGCAAAGACCUUCCCCAGCCGGACAGAGGGCAGUGUCAAGAAGCAUUGGUACAAGGACAUGCAUUAUGCGGAGUUUGCCGAGGACGAGAGCGCCGCGCUCUUGAACGCAAUCAAGGAAUACGAGACCAACAAGUGGAAGGUCAUCGGACAGAAGGUCGGGAAGCCUGCAAAGGCAUGCGAGCAAUACGCCAAGGAGCAUUUCGGGAACAAGACUUAAUUUCCCCUCCGUCGGACGCUAUAUAUACACACACCAUCUCGCCCACGCCCUCCAAAGCCACGCCCCCUUUUUCAUCCCCCGCGUAUCAAAAGGACCAUCCCGUUGUAAUCGAAUCAUUUUUCUUCUUUCGACUUGGACCCCUCGAUUCACAAACACACACGUCACACCUUUUUACUCGGAAAUUGUUAUUCUCGGCGCCGGAAAUUUGGUUUUUUCUAUUAUUCCAUUGUUCAAUUUUUUUUUCUCACCCCUUUUCAUUUUUUUGGGGAACGACGACAACAACAACUUUGCAAAAAUGGGGGAGGAUGGGAUGGAAGGGAGGGAGGGAGAUCUUUUUUAUUUGACUUGUUUUCGUUAUUUGCGUCUUCGUGUUGGCAGUUAGUUCGUUAGGUGGAUGGAGGAAUUGAGGAAGGCAGGCAGAAUUGAUGGGGGGAAAGGAAGGGAAGGGGGAUUCUUUUAUACUUCUUGUUGGAACGAUUUGAGUUUGUUGGGUGGUUAGGGAUAGGUUGGGUGGCUGAAUGGUGGUGGGGGAAUGAGGGAUAUUUUGAUAAGGGAAAUGCGGAAUGCAAAUGGGAGGAUUUUGAGAAAACGAAACUUUCUUCUUUUGAGAGAAGCUCUUUUUACUAACCCUCCUGUGUGCCUAAUUUUUUGAUGAACCUUUAUUUUCUGAUGAUGGCGGUGGUGGGCUUUUUAAUGAUGUGAUUUAUUUAUUUUCCCUUCGUUUUAAUCUGGGUGAAAUUUAAUAAUUUUGGUAGUUGGAAAGCCGCUAUGGACAAGUCCUGCCUGCCAUUCACGCCUUCCAUACGAAGUGUCGUGAAGUCCUCCUACCUGGGGAUCUCGGCGUCAACACGCAUUUUCGUCAAGUUGGAGAUUGAUGUUGAACCAAGCCGUCGUGGUCGAUGGCGGGGUACACCCCAUCGCCAUGGAGGGUCCCUCAAUCACAUCUCUCCCCCUCUAUACAUCCCCAAGCU